AUGACUUCUGAGGAAGUCGAUAUCGACCCUGACCAGCUCUUAGAGCUGUUCGAAGUUCUGAAAACAAAUGACCCGCAGAAAAAGAGAGCCUUUCCAGAUGUCUUCUACACUAGUGGGCACUGGUCCGGUCGAGUUCGACCCAAAUACUUCAACCUUGCGCUCAUGGCUAAUUUCAACUCUGUGCGUUAUGUUUCUGACGAAGUUCUCGAUGAGCUAAUUCCCGAAUGGAGAAAAUACAUGAACGGAAAGUCCUUUCCCUCGAACGCAAAAGCUCACGAGGCCACUUUCCGUGCCUGGUGUAUCCGUGAGCGAAUGCAGUAUGAGGCCAACGGAGUGCCUUUCCCGCAGCCAUUACCGACUUCGACCUCGAACAAUCGGCGCGCUACGACUACUGCUGCUCCCCCAAGUGCCAGAACAUCUCAGGGCGGCACACGGCCUUCCAUCACAAUGGGACAACAGAGUCAAGCCAUGAACGUUAGAAGUAUGAAUGCUCAAGUCAUGAGUGUCACAGCCAUGAACCCUCCAGUCAGGACCCUGCCCGCCAUGAAUCCUACACCCAUGAACCCUUCAGCCAGGACCCUUCCACCCAUGAUCACUCCAAUCAUGAAUCUCUCAGCCACGAACCCGUCAGCCAGAAACCCUGCAGCCAUGACCGCUCCAGCCAUCAACCCCUCAGCCACGAACCCUCAAGAUUUGCAAGCUGUCGCUCUCAGAUUAGAGCAACUUGGCAGAAACACCCAUCAAUACGCCAAUCAACUACGCGAAUAUGGCCAGCGUGAACUCCGUGUCGCCCAACUGUUGCUAGAAGCCAGUUGCAUACGUCGGUAG